AUGUGUAUAAGAGACAGGACCACCAUCAUCCGUGACAACGGCAUCAUCCGCGUUGACAACACUAAUGGCGUCACUGUCCGUUGCAACCUUCACAGCGAAUACUGCACUGUAAACGUCACCGGCUGGUACUUCGGCAAGACUGGAGGACUGUUUGGCAACUACAAUUACGAAAAGAAAGACGACAUGACCAAAUCAAAUGGCCGUGUCACUAAGAACCUACCAGAAUUCGCUCGUAGCUGGCAGGUCGGCAGAAAAUGUCUUUCUCACGACAACGAUGCAAACCAAUGUAAUACUGAUCCAACGUUACUUGCUAAUGAAAAGUGUGCCAAGAUUUUCCUGGACUUCCGAUCCGAAUUUAGCCGCUGCUUUACACAGGUGGACCGCAACGCAUUUUACAAAAUGUGCGUGAACCAAAUUUGUGGUUUAAUAACUGGCACGGAGAUCCACCAGGGCGUGUGUAACAUUUCAAAUGCCUAUCGUGAGCAGUGUAAGCAACAGGACGUUAUGUUGAAACCUCUGAAAGAUUGCGCUUAA